ACAAUUAUUUUAUACACUGGGCAUUUAACAACAUAAUUUAAUAAUUUUUCAACUUGUAACAAAAUAUAAAAACAUCGCGGUAUCCCCGUGUAAUGAGUGAUUCAGAUGAUACUGAUAUUUUGCUAUUAAUACCACCGAAUUACUUUGCCACUGCUACACCGGAGGAAUUGGAAGAGUUUCAAAUCAUAAAUCCUAUAAGGAGUUCAGCUACAGCGUUUACACAUGAUGUCAAUUACAUGAAUGCAUAUAUUGGUCACAAAAAUCAUUUAAAUCACUCAGAAAAGAAUAUAAAUGAAAUGGAAGUAACACUUACAGAAUCGAAUAUUGAUGGCGCAAGUGACCAGCGAAAUAUGGAAAUGUUUGUUGCGAAUAAAUAUACGGAGCUGAACGAAAUCAACUCACGCUUAAAAUUGCUGGAACGUGAGAAGGAUUGCCGUUUUACAGCCGCUUCAGACAUAUCCACCAUAUCGAAUGGCACACAAGCAGCACGGCAUAAUAGGGAAGGUCUAGUCCAUUCAACACCUAAAUGUUAUGCCAACACUGAACGUCUUCAGAGCAAGGAUGCUGGCGGCAUUUUGAAUGAAAUUGAUAAUUUCCUAGACGAUCGAAAUCGUGAACAAAUGGAUAAUGUGUACCAGCAAGAAGUCCAUAAUCCGAAUUCAAUAAUAGCAAAAUCUCAGCAAAUGAAAAAUCGAUAUCAACAAGCAUAUCCCGAUGUAAAAACAACUUUAGGAGCUGAUGUGAAUUUAAUAAGUUUAAGUGAAAUCUGGGGCAAAAGUGGUCAAGGCACUGCUAUUGCUUGUGCUGCCCCUCAACAGUCUGUGUAUAUAGAAGAACAAUUGCGGCGUCAGCAUCUUGAACGAACGGUACACUCUUUGCAAACGCGCUUACUUGAAUACCAACAACGGCUGUCGGUGGCUAUAGAAGUGGAUCGUGCCAAAGAUGCAGCAAUAUGCAACGCACAAUCAGAAUGUAAAUCAUUGGACGCUGAAGUCAAUCAACUGCGUGAAAAGGUUUCGAAACUAGAAGCAGAUAAUACUCAGUAUAGCACUAAACUGGAAUCACUGCAAAAGGAAUUAGCACAGGCCUUAAGCUUAGUAACUAAAUUUCAGGAUAAAAGUGAGAAGCUGGAAAAUGAAUUAUCGACAACUUCCAGAAAAACAAACGAGUGCAUAACUAUGUAUAAGCAACAAAUAGAAGAGCUUGAAGUAAAAAUUCACGGCUGUAAAAGAUCGGAAGAAUUCGCUAUCAAUGAGUUAAACAAAUUCAAGGAUAAACUAGUGAAAGUAGAUUAUCUAAAUGAAAAGCUCAAAACACGCUGCGACGAACUAGAAAAGGACUGCGGUACAUUAAGAAAUCAAAAGGAGUUGUUGCAAGAAUUUCAACAAAAACAAAAAACUCGCGCAGACGCGUUAGAAACACAGCGAAAAGUAUUGCAAGAAAAAGUAACGGCGCUUACAGAGAGCGAGAUAAAUUUGAAGAAAAAAAUGGAGCUUCAACAGAAGACACUAAAAACACACUACCAACAACAAUUGGAAAAUGCAGUGGCGCAGAAAAUGAAGGAAUUUCAACAGCAAUUAGACAAGAAUGAGGAAAUACUGAAAGUAGAGGCGCGUGAACGUGAGCGUUUAAUCGCUGAGCGCGCCGUCAAACAAAUAGAAUUAAUUAAUGAGAAAAACGAGAUGGAGCUGAAUUUGCUGCAAGAGAAACAAAAGGAAGAAGUGGAACUGUAUCGCAUACAACUGGCGAACGCCACAAAGAAAAUAGAAGACUUGGACUGUAAACUGAAUGCUUACAAAACAAAAAGAGCUGUCAUUGCGGAAAAGUUACACGAUGUCAUGGAAGAUCAGUGGCAAAAGGCAUUGGAAAUAUUGACAUCGCCGAGCAAUCAAUCACAACAAAUAAGCAAUAAUACAGAUUGCGAAUCACCAGCAAACAAUGAGAAUGAACUAAAUAAGGACGAUAGUAAUUACAGAACGCCUAAAAAGAAUAAAACGCGUGAUCGCAUUUUGAAAAUCAAAGAGAAUAAUCUAAAUAAUAACAAUGAGCGAAAGUCUUCGCCCGAACCAAUGGACAGACUGCAGGCUUACAUUGAAUUGCUAUUGAGCAAAUCGCCCAGUGAAUUUGAUAAAUUGGAUGAGAUCCUCGCUUUAGCUAGUAAAACUAAAUCGUCUACAUCCAAUAGCAAAUCGGAUAAACACAUGAAUUUCUGCAAGCCACCAUGGCGCGGAUAACAGUAUUUCGUUUAUUUUUACCACAGCAAGCAUAUUAGGGUUUGAUGCUCGAAUAUAUUCAUACGGAAAGUACAAAGUGUAGCAGUAUUCGCGCUUUAAACGAGCUUGUGCGUAAUUAUGUUUUUAAAUAAAAAAUGUUUUGUUUUAAAUUUUCUUAUUGUAUAAAAAUGUCUUGCC